GCAGUGCACAUCAUAGCCAUCAACUGUCGAUCAUCGCAGAUUUCGCAUCCAUAAGCCUGAUUAUCUAAGCGCUGUGGAAAGGAACCGUAUCCCUACUUUCCCCUUAUUCAUUUUUCUUGGGUUUGAUCUCCUCCCUUCGUUACUACUGGACUACUGGAUGAAAAGCAUUGAGUCUUCUUUCCUUUUAAUCCCGCGGAAGUUGACGACGUUUUGCUGGUUUUCCUUCUUACUGAAUUGUGUAGAUCCAGCGCUGUACGGAGCAACUAGUUAGUCGCGCGACAUUUUCUCAUCCGCGCAAUCCCCUGGAACUGGGGAUAAGUGUGCCAGCUUGCCUUUUAUCUUCGAUUUAUACCGACGGGCUACGGUUGGCAUCGAAAGGGAUUCAGAGAAUAUGAUUCGGAUCUUCUCUCGCGUUCUUGACUAUGGAGCUCCUUUCUUUCUCAUCAGUUCUCCUGUCACGUCGUACGCGGACCAGAUCUACAGUAUGCACCGGAAAAGGAACUCUACGGGCUUUUCCUUGGAUAUCCCUUUGAUCAUGCUCGUUGCAUCGAUUCUGAAGGUGUUCUAUUGGUUUGGCGCCUACUAUUCGAUCACGCUGUUUGCGCAAGCCAGUGUCAUGAUCGUCGUGCAGCUGUUAUUGCUCAAGGUUGCAUUGGACAACAGGCCCUCUCCGGGAGUGAAGAAUGGCGUCGAGCAUGUUCCAUUCAGCAGUGUCGACGGCGAAUAUUCCAGACCGUACGAGUUUUGGCAAUGGAGGAAUGCGAAACCGUAUUGGAUGUGUUUGGCAUAUUUCGUUGCAGCGCUCUUCUGCAUCCACCUCACGCCAGUCGCUCGCACAGAAGCCUAUACCAACUUCCUCGGUUAUGUCGGUUUAGCGGUAGAAGCUACCCUCCCUCUUCCCCAAAUCCUGGCGAACCAGCGAUCGCGCUCGUGUGCGGGAUUCAGGCUCUCCGUGCUGGCCUCUUGGCUUAUUGGUGAUGCGAUGAAAAUGUGCUACUUCUUUGGCAGCACGGAGGUCAUCCCAUGGUCGUUCCGGACGUGUGGUAUCUUCCAAUGCAUGUGCGAUUGCUACCUUGGGAUACAGUUCUGGAUGUUCUCUAGCAGCUCCUUCAAAACUGCUGCUAGUAGUCCUAGAGGGAGUGGUGAGAGGUGGGGAGCCGAGGAGAAAGAUAUCCGGUUAUCUUAAAUUUAUCAUGGCAUUUUGGAAAAGUUGAAAUAAUUUCAAUUGUCUUGUACAGUUGUUUGCAAAACCGGUGCACAGAUCAUACUCCUCGAUUCUUUUUGAAAUAUGAAUGCCAAAACGGAGGAAUAUCA